GCGGCGGGGCCGCGGGAUCCGUCCGCGCUCGCUGCCCCCGUGUAGUUCUCGAGUCGUCUGUCCUCGGCGGCGGUGCGCGGGUGACAUGCAGUCCCUCAUCUCUCCGGUGACCAAGGCUAUCCUGGUGGCUUUGUUCAUCUUCGCCAUCCUGCUGAUCCUCUACGUGAUUCUGUGGUACAUCUGCCGCGAUGUGGAUUGCGACCAUGGGAUCUGAGCGGCGCCGCGGGGCCAGGGCUUAGGAGCCGGGAUUCACCCCGCGGGGCCGGGAGCGGCAGCGGGAGCCCCUCCGGGCGGCAGCCGCCGCUACCGCAGCCGAGCAGGGGAAGAGAAAGGGAAGGAAAGAAAAGAGGAAAAAAAGAAGGGGGGAAAAAAAAAAAAAAAAAAAAGCGAGCGAAGGACCGAGCCGAAAGAGCCCGGAGGACAACCGCGAUCAAGAAACCAACCUGCGCUUGACCUUCAGAGUCCAGGGUGACCCGGUACUCAUUAAUGAGUGAAGGAUCAAAAGGUGGGACGGUGGCCAAGAAGCAAUGGAGAAUAAAAGUUUAGAAGGUUCCCCAUCAGACCUAAAGUUAGUGGCUCACCCGAGAGCAAAGAGUAAAGUGUGGAAGUACUUUGGGUUUGAUACCAAUGCGGAAGGAUGCAUAUUACAGUGGAAGAAGAUCUACUGCCGUAUUUGCAUGGCACAGAUUGCCUAUUCAGGAAACACGUCCAACCUUUCCUACCACCUUGAGAAAAAUCAUCCCGAUGAGUUCUGCGAGUUUGUGAAAAGUAACACUGAGCAAAUGAGAGAAGCCUUUGCCACAGCAUUUUCAAAAAUCAAGCCGGAAUCAUCGCAGCAGGUUGUUCAAGAUAGCCUCAUCAUGAAGACCUACCAGAACUACGAAAACAAAAAACAUCAGGAACUGACAUCUGCAGUCAUCAGCUUAAUUUGCGAGGGCAUGUAUCCAGCCUCCAUUGUUGAUGAACCUACCUUCAAGGCCCUCUUGAGAACAGCGGACCCCAGGUAUGAACUUCCGAGCCGGAAGUACUUCUGUACAAAAGCAAUUCCUGAAAAGUACAGUGCUAUUAGAGAAAUUGUGCUGAAAGAGCUCACCGAGGUUCUGUGGUGUGGCAUAUCCACAGACAUGUGGAGGAGCGAAAACCAGAACCGGUCAUAUGUAACUGUGGCAGUUCAUUUUCUCAGCAGCAGUCCUGCCAACUGCCUGGCUGUGAACUCUCGGUGUUUGAAAACGUUCGAAGUACCGGAGGAUAACACUGCAGAGACCAUUACACGAGUCCUUUAUGAAACAUUCAUUGAGUGGGGGAUCAAUACAAAAGUCUUUGGUGCUACAACAGAUUACAGUAAAGACAUUGUAAAAGCUUGCUCUCUCCUAGAUAUUCCCGUACAGAUGCCUUGUUUGGGCCAUACUUUUAACGCAGGAAUACAACAAGCUUUUCAGCUCCCCAAACUCUGCAACCUCCUUGCCAGGUGCCGAAAGCUGGUGGAGUAUUUUCAGCAGUCUACGGUCGCAAUGUACAUGCUGAGUGAAAAGCAGAAGCAGCAGAAUAUUCUCCACUGCAUGCUGGUAAGCGACCGUGUUUCCUGGUGGGGAAGCACGCUCGCGAUGCUGCAGCGCCUCAAGGAGCAGCAGUUUGUCAUUGCGGCUGUUCUCGUGGAGGACAGCAACAACCACCACCUCAUGCUGGAAUCCAGUGAGUGGAAUACAAUCGAAGGGCUGGUGGAGCUGCUCCAGCCUUUCAAGCAGGUUGCAGAGAUGAUGUCUGCUUCAAAGUACCCGACAAUAAGUAUGGUGAAGCCUCUUCUCCACAUGCUUCUGAAUACUACUCUGAACAUCAAAGAGAAUGAUUUGAAAGAAAUCAGCAUGGCAAAGGAGGUGAUUGCUAAAGAGUUGUCAACCACCUACCAGCACACACCUGAGAUAGACAUGUUUCUCAAUGUUGCAACUUUCUUGGAUCCCCGUUACAAGAAACUGCCUUUUCUUUCAGCCUUUGAGAGGCAGCAGGUAGAAAACAGAGUGGUGGAAGAAGCAAAAAGCCUGCUGGAGAAAGUAAAAGAAAAUAGCUUUAGAACUGAGGAGAAAUUCUUCACUGUUUCAGAAGAACCCCCUAUGAAAAAAAUUAUCAUCUCCUCUACUCCUCCUCCUACCAGUGUCAUCAACAACAUGCUCGCAGAGAUCUUCUGCCAGACAGGAGGCGUGGAAGACCAGGAGGAAUGGCAUGCUCAAAUUGUUGAGGAGUUGAGCAACUUCAAGUCACAAAAGGUCCUCGGUUUGAAUGAGGACCCAUUGAAGUGGUGGUCUGACAGACUAGCGCUGUUUCCAGUUUUACCAAAGGUUCUUCAAAAAUACUGGUGUAUUCUGGCCACAAGGGUCUUCCCUGAACGCCUUUUUGGUUCUUCUGCUAAUGUUGUGAGUGCAAAGAGAAACCGGUUAGCCCCGGCUCACGUGGAUGAGCAGAUCUUUUUGUAUGAAAAUAGUCGCAAUGGGUCUGAGGCAGAACCGGAGGACGAAGAUGAAGGAGAGUGGGGUUUGGAACAGGAACAGAUUUUUAACUUAAAUGACUCGGUAAACAUAAACAACAAUUUCUUUAAUAUUCGAGACAGUGGGUUUGUUUAACAGGACUGCUGCGGUACAUUUAUUGACAAAGAAGAGAGGUAUUUGUCUUAAGUUACCAAAAAUUAUUCUGUUUUAUGCUAUGAAUGCUGUAAAUAUUGAACAGUUGUAACAAACUUGAUUUAGCUUCCAUUGUCUGUGUUUUUCCCACUGUCUUAAAACAUGAAUGACUUUGAUCAAACAGCACUGAAAUGAAUGAGGAAAUAAAUUCUACAAAGACCGUGAUUUCUGACUGUGGCCCAGAUUUCAGAAAGCACUUAUCCAUGUGCUUCCUUUCCACUUGUUUCAGUGGGAGGCAAAUACAUGCUUAUGUGCUUUCUGUCAUAAAAUUAGUUUCCUGAGUUAGGACCUUGAAGAAGUUUUUUUAAAUUUAUGCCUCCAUUUGUAAAUCCUGUGUGACUCAGGAUGCUAGCUUUAAAUUUUGGAUUUUAAAAUGUUUUUAAAAUCCAUAGAUCUGAGCAGUGGAUAUUUUUAGAAUAUAUUGUAUCUAUGGAAUGAAAAAAAAUCUUGAGCCUGAUUUUCACUACCUCAUGUCUUAGGUCUGGUCUAUGCUAGAAAAGUUCAGCUGGUAUAAUUCUGUUGGUUAGGGGACUGAUGUGUUUUUAUUUUACCUGAUACUGUGUUGGCAUAGGCUGUAGUGUGGAUGCAUUUAUACCAUGAUAAUUUAUUUUCCUUUCCAGUGCAGUGUAAAUGGCAUAAACACUUAAACUGGUAUUGCUGUGUCCACAUUUGUCCAGUUUUGCCAUUAACUGCAGCUGAAUGGUAAAAUUGGUUUUUUGUUUGUUUUGCUUUGUGUCUAAGCAAGCCCUGAUUGUAGUCCCUUGUGCUUCUGCAAAGUGGGAACUAAGUGUGAGGUCGAGGCAGUGUUGUUUUACCCUCGCCUUGUGCUGAUGCCAUGGCUGAUGCCAUAUGGUGUGUAGCAGGCAAGGCAUCAGCCCUUUGGUGAGGGAGAGAGGGAAGGAGAGGCCAGGGAGAUGUCUACAGGCCACGGGUCUAAUGGUUUGUCUGUGUUAUAAAAUCUUUAACCUCUUCAUUUCAUGGGGACUUAUUGCCCAGGGUAGCUAGAAAAUGGCGUUGGCAAGAAAAGCAAAAUAAAAAGCUUUAAUAUUAUGUAAAUAUAUUUAAAAGAAGAGGACCCCUCAAUUUCUUCACAUGUAUUUAGUGAAUCUUUAAAAUUGUUUUCUGUUAUGUUAGCACUUAAAAACUUUUUUCACCUUUUUCUUUUUGAUUCAGUUUGUAGAGUGGACUUCAGUCCUGUCCAGUCUAAUGUUUGAGUACUGUUUUGGAUUAGUUGGGUAUUGUAACUGCUCCCUUUGUGUCUCCAAGCAUAAGUGUCUUAAGCCCUUUUGUGAACUUGGCAAACAAAAAAAGAGAAAGGAAACCAACCUGACAUCCCCCAGCCCCAUCUCUUAUGAAAUACUGCAGUCGUAAACAUGACCAGAGUUCACACUAGACACAAAGUUGGAUGCACCACCUUUUUUUUCUGAGAUGCAGUGGAGGACUCUUGACACUUUUCUGUUACAAUCAAGGUUUGCUUGGGGUUUUACUUCUGUUACUGGUGUCUCACCUUUCCACCUCGGUGUUAAGUCUACAGCUAUGUUAAGCAAUAUCUGUCUGUUACUCUUCUGGUGGAAGAAAGUUGAGUUUUUUAAUCCUGAUGGCACCUGUGGACAUAGGGUUGUAAAAGAGGCACAGACAUCAGGAACAUACAAAAAUGAGAAUGGCAAUGGAAUUGGAGCUAUUGCCAAACUGUUUGUUUAUGGUUUAGUUUUAAUAGUUUUUGGAAGUUUGAGGCCUCUGUGUUCUUUGUAGGUGGUGGGAAGGGAUGGGUGAAUGAGGAGGAAGGACAGAGGUUAGGCUGAAGGAACAGUGAAGUAAUUGCAACUACAUAAACAAAAAUGUUUAAGCCUGGGAAGAAUGCACUUAGCAGGUGGUGUGGCCUGUGUUUAGCUGUUAGCAAGCCUGGGGUUUUGCUUGCCAGCCCCCUGAAAACUGAUUUGCACCUGUACAAAGUACAUGCACUGUGCAUCCUGUUGAAUGUUGCUAUUUUCCAUGUCCACUGAAGAGGUGUAUAUGUUUGCCCUAGGUGCAAAACACAGGCUUGGCCUAAAAUUCCACAGGUAUGUAGGCUCUCUGUGAGGGCAACAAAAUCAAUUUAUGGAAGGGAGCGAGAUACAUGAGCUCCUGUGACACUCCAGUCUGCUGGGAGGAGCUCUUGGUUUUUAUGGUCAUCACUUGAAGCAGCUGUUACCGCUGCUGCAAGCCCUCCCUCCAGAACCUGCACAAAUGCUGGUGCAAAGUGCGUAGAUCUUGUCUUACAUGAGCUUAAUUUAAAGCUGUGCCCUCAUAAUCAGAGCAAAGCCUGGAGCACCCUUGGUCCGCACUUGGCCUUCCCCUGCUGGCAGCGUUGUAUCCAUCUUCAUCCACCUAGGGCUGAACAUAAACAGUGAUGCUUACAAGCAGUUUUACUGAGAUCAGUGCAAUGCACUACUCUCUUCCUUCCAGCUUCUUUUUAUUUUUUGGUAUCCAAAAUAAAAUUGUAGUUUGUUCAAUUGAUGUGUCUCAGCAUUCUUUUAAAAAAUGGAGAAGAAAAAGGAAAAAAAAAAAGAAAAAAAAAAAAGAGCAAAACCAUUGUUAGUCUUUCCCAUUGUCUGUGAGAUUUUUUUUUUUAUUUAAUGUUCUAAGCCUGGAAUAUUGUUAAAUAAACCAGAAAAAUAAGUUAGUUACUA